UGGAUCCCUCUCUGUGUAUUCUGUACAUAGCAAGCCAAGCCUCACAAUGCUGCGUUUACUAAACUAAGAGGCUUAGAAAUUUGCAGUGAUGUCGCUGUUCCCAGACCUCCCUCUCUGUGGUGGACUCGUUCUGUGAGGCAGUGCAGCACUCAGACAGACAGCUGUGGGGGCAGAGCGGGGCAGGUGGACUGAGCAGGAGGAGAAAUCAACAUCACCUGUUUGGGAAAUCUAGAACAAGGGAGGACAAAAAAAGGAGGAGGAGGAGGAGCAGAGUCUUUUCAGAGAGCUUAGGUCCCGCUCUGCUACCCAUCCCGCCCUACUCUCUUUCAUAUGCACACACACACACACACACGCACACACAGGCACACACACAGACAUACCACUCUCCCCUUGUUUCUCCCUUCUUCCCUCCCUGUUUGUCUCCGAUGCUGGUGUGAACAGCAGGACACUCUCGGCUGAGCUGCAUGGAGGCACAGGGAGGGGCAGGGAGCCCAGACCCCAAUAAAGACAUCCAGAAGCUGCUGAAGCCUUCCAGCUCAGGUGACCUAUCCAAGGAGUUGUUCCAUCACCCAGCAGGGGGGGAGGAGGAUGAGGAGAGCGGCCUGUCUCUGCACACUGCUAGCCUGCUGCACAUCACUGAGAAGAGACAACCACUGAGUAGUGUAUCUUCUUUGGAGGUGCACUUUGACCUCCUGGAUUUGACUGAGCUGACUGACAUGUCUGACCAGGAACUGGCUGAAGUUUUUGCUGACUCUGAUGAGGAGAACCACAACGAGUCCCCAGCAGGUUCCCACCAGCCUGUGCUGCCUAGAGGUGGGUACAUGCGCUCCCCCUCGUGGACACGCUGCAGCAAAGUUGAGCCCCCGCGAGAGAGGAAGCACCACAGUGACUCGGACACCCCGGAGCCCUUAAUGAAGCUGGAGAGACCGAAGCAGCCGUGACAUCUGAUGUGAAGAAGCUGGACCGCAGAGAGAGAGAAAAAAAACCCAGAGGCAGAUGGACACAGCCAGAGCGGGAACACAACGUGGACCAAGAGGCCCCCCCCAUUUGCCACUGUGCACUCACAUAACGUUUCAUGGUGCUGAAAAGACGAGUUCAGGUUGAACUCUGGACAACAUGCUCUGUGCUUUAAAGAUGUUGAGAUGUGCAAUACACACAUCUUCCCUCCCUAUCUU